AUGGCUUCUACUGAUGCAUCUAUCAUCCCCUUCGGGGCAACGAUGCGUGAGCAAUUUCUCUUUGAUCCCAAGUUCCUAAAUUUGAACCAUGGAUCAUUCGGAACGUAUCCUGCCGCAGUCCGCACCGCCUUGCGCCAUUUCCAAGAUCAAGUUGAGGCGCGUCCAGAUCCAUUUAUCCGCUACACCACCCCUAAAGAACUAGAUGUCUCUCGGGAGGCGGUCGCCAAGCUGUUGAAUGUUCCCCGGAGCGAGUGUGUCUUCGUCAAGAAUGCAACUACAGGUGUGAACACCGUCCUCCACAACCUGCCAUUCAAGUCAGAUGAUGUCAUUAUCUACUUUGAAACCGUCUACGGUGCUCUCGAAAAGGGCAUUGUAUCCUUUAUUGAAUCUAGGGCCGCUCAGAUUCGUAAAGUCCGAUAUGAAAUGCCGAUUAGUCACGAGGACCUGGUGGAGCGCUUUCUUCAGGUUGUUCGGGAAGCACGGAGCGAGGGAUUGAAUGUGAAGCUUGCACUCUUUGAUGUGGUGACUAGCUUGCCUGCUGUGCGGUUUCCUUUUGAAAGACUCACUGAGGUUUGUCGAGAAGAGGGCAUUUUGAGUUUGAUUGAUGGUGCGCACGGUAUUGGACAGCUGCCGUUGGAUCUUGGGAAACUGCAGCCGGACUUCUUCACGAGUAAUUGUCAUAAAUGGCUAUUCGUCCCCCGGAGUUGCUGUGUGCUUUAUGUCCCAAAACGCAACCAACAUCUGAUUCGAACCACCAUUCCCACCUCCUGGGGCUUCAUCCCGUCCGAGGACUCUCCUGCGACUGCCCCUUCCGUCAUGAAAAGUGACGACACUUCGAAGAGUGCAUUUGAGGGUCUUUUUGAAUUCGUCGCUACCAACGAUGAUACGCCCUACUUCUGUGUUCCUGCGGCGUUGGAGUUCCGCAAGACGGUGUGUGGUGGCGAAGCCCGUAUUUACGAAUACCUGGAAAGAUUGGCAAAUGAGGCUGCCGAUGUCGUUGCUGCGACGCUGGGAACAGAUGUUAUGGAGGAAAGGGUUCUACAGCCGGGGAAGCAGAGCAACCUCAGGCGAUGCGCUAUGACAACUAUCCGCUUACCGUUCACUUUCAGGGAGGAUUUGGCAGCUUCUGAUUCUUGUGCUACGCUUUUGAAGGCUGAUGAGGCUGUCGCAGCGGUCAGGUGGUUUCAAACCACUCUGGUGGAGGAGCAUGGGACGUUCGUGCCUCUUGUUGAGCACGGGGGCUGGUUGUGGGUGAGACUGUCUGCCCAGGUUUAUCUCGAGCGGAAGGACUUUGAGUGGUUGGCUGAAGUCCUCAAAGUGCUCUGCCAGCGAUACAGGACUGAAAGAUGUCAGCGAAAGUAG